CGCGCACCGCGGGGCAUCGUCCAGGGGAGUACCACGUGAAUCGUGAUCAACCUGUGAUAGAACAACAGUGCGAUGUGUGGUGUAGCAGUGCAGCGCAAAUGUCCAUGAUAUUGCGUAGACCAGAACCCCGCCGGCCGCCACCCCCGCCGCCUUCCACUGCUAGCCGCUAAAGAGCCAGGGAUGUCCACAGCCCAGUGAGGAUCACUAUGGCUAGCGCCGGCGCAGUCCUCCUCGAGGCGCGGCCCUUCCGGCCGUUCAAGUCCUCGGAGGAGUACCUGUACGCCAUGAAGGAGGACCUAGCGGAGUGGCUGACGGUGCUGUACCCCGAGCUGCGCAUCACCGCCGACAACUUCCUCGACAGACUCGACACCGGCGUCGCUUUGUGCAGGCACGCGAACGCCGUGCGGGAGUCAGCUCGGCGGAUCCUCAGUGACAUGCAGGAGGCGGAGGAGGCCCUGGCGCUGGCGAAGGCGCUGAUGGCGCGCGGGCCCGUCAACAUGCUGCCCGCUGCCAAGGCCGGCACCUUCUUCGCCAGAGACAACCUCUCCAACUUCAUCGACUGGUGCCGCAGAGCGCUCGGCAUACUCGAGUGCCUGCUGUUCGAAACGGACGAUCUAUGCCUCCGAAAAAACGAGAAACACGUGGUGUUGUGCCUCCUAGAGGUGGCUAGGAAGGGCUCGGUGCUGGGCAUGCCCGCCCCCCUGCUCGUACAGAUGGAGAAGCAGAUCGAGAGGGAGCUCGCCGGGGAGGAGCUCCAGCCCCACGACAACGCGCUCGGCCUGGUCCCCUCCGGGCCCCAGCCGCAACUGGUCACCAACGACCUCAGGAGUCUGGACGAGAGAGUCCGCGACCUGGUGGAGCGGUGCUCCUGCCCCACGCAGUUCCCCAUGGUCCGCGUCUCCGAGGGGAAGUACAGGAUCGGCGACACCAGGCUGCUGAUCUUCGUCAGGAUUCUCCGCUCCCACGUGAUGGUCCGCGUGGGUGGGGGCUGGGACACGCUGGCCCACUACCUGGACAAGCACGACCCGUGCCGCUGCCGCGCGCAGCACCGCACCUCCCUCUCCGCGCGCCUGGCCCGCCCCCGCACCGACCUCGACGGCGCCACCGUCACCUACGAGCGGCCCGACCACCGCGAGCCCGCCUCCCUGCCCUACCAGGACACCACUCCCCCCUCCGGCAAGCUCGAGGCGCCCGCUAGCCUCCCCUACAUGGGCGAGGGGGAGCGCGCCGCGUCGCCCGGCCGCCGGCACCUCGCCCCGCGCCCGCGCAGCCCUGCCCGCCACUCAGCCUCCCCCGACCGCCGCACCAAGCUGGUCACGUCCAACCACCUCGUCCCCACCCCACACGCGGUCCGCGGUCGAAGCCCCCGGCCCGUGUCGCCCGCGCCGGCGGCCGAGAGCGCCUCCGACAACGGCUCGGAGGUGUCGGACGAGGGGUACCGCAGCCUGGGCGUGGUGGCCGGCUCCGCGCACGGCUCCCCCAACACCAGGACCACCAACAGAUACUCCGUCCACAGCCAGAACUCCAUCGAUGACGCUGAUUACAGUGAGCGUCUGGAGGGCGAGGACGGCAGCGCGACCGACCGCAGCGACCGCGACGACUACGUCAGCCUCACCACCGGCCUGCGCAAGACCGACUUCAGCGACACCUUCUACGGCCGCCGCGACGAGCCCCGCGCCCGCACCUCCCCCGAGCCCCCCGCACCCCGCCCCCCGCCGCCCGCGCGCGCCCGCUCCCGCAUCCCCCACUCCCCCGCCCGCACGCCCACCCCCAGCCGCGCGCCCACGCCUAGCCCCAAGCACGCGCCCAAGCCGCACGCCAGCCCUAAGCUCGCGCCCAAGCUGCCGCCCGCGCGCAACACCUGGGGCGGCCGCAGCGCGCCCGGCCAGGCCAAGAGCAGGGCGCGGCCGACCAUCGGCGCCGACACGUUCGAGAGCCCCAACAAGUCGCCCAAGGCGCGGCAGAAGGCCCAGAGCGACGCGUUCCGGCGGAACUCCCCGCUGCGGGCGAGCAGCGCCACGCUGCGCUCGCCGCCCGGCCAGCCCGCCGCCAAGAGCCGCAGCCCGCUGCUCGAGCAGAUCUUCCGCACGGCGGAGAGCGCGCGCGACGACGCCGCCGUGCUGGAGAAGAUGAAGGAGAUCAUCCGCACGUACUCGCGCGGCGAGGACGCCCUCUCGCGCGCCAGCUCCAAGGACUCGGACUACGCGGACUUCACGUCGGCCUGGGUGAUGUCGGACGGCAAGCUGGAGCGGUCCACGUCCACGCGGCAGCUGGCCGCGCCGCGCCGCGACCCGCGCGACGCCCGCGCGGCCGCCUCGCGCAUCCCCGCGCCCGUCGCGCUCGCGUGCCGCCGCUCCACCUCCACCACGCACUUCCAAUGACCGCCCGACACCGCUGGGGCCGUCUGCGAGUGAGGAGGCCAGUCUUCGCGUGCCGCGGGCAGUGUGACGAACUGUCGAACGUCGCCCGGCCUCGGCGGUCGGGCUACAACACGAGGACUGCCGGAGGUGUCGUAUGAGUUGUGAGGUACCAUAUCUGAGACGAGUGAGUUCCCGGAGUAUUCGAAUUUAACUUUAGUCUGACCUAGGUUAGACCUAGACUACCGCUGUAGUAGUCGGGUGCCAGUGACUGUGAGCAAUAAGGGGGGAGCAGUGCGCCCGGCUUCUUAAUGUCCUCCGACAAGGUUCUAUGGAAGUAGGAGACGAUUUAUCGAAAAUUACGUUCGAUGGACAUUAGGAAGCUCGCCCUGGUGUUGUAUGAUGGUGCUAUAUGUUGCUUUCGUUGAGUUAGACUAUUUCAGUUGUUAAUAUUUAAGUAUUUAAGCAGUCGGUUGAUUGUGAGUAAUCAUUUCCUGAGUUUGUGAGCUCGGUGCCAUUUUGUGGCAUACUUUGGUGUUUUAUAAUAAGUGACAUUUUCUCAUUUUUAAAUCAAAUAAAGAGUGAAUACUCAUAAUCACCCGACUAUAUUGUUUAAACUUUUUAUACUAAUGUUUAGACAAUACGGACUCUAGAUUUUUUAUGUGAAGACAUUCUAUUUUAGGUUGUAAUAUGACUCUAUGCUAGUUUAAGUUUAUAUAUUGUGUUUAUAUCGUGAGCCGUCGGAGCGAGCCGGGAGUAGGCAAUGUUCGAGCAAUCUCAAUUUCAAAUUAGAAUAUAGAGGGCUAUGAGUGAGCUAUUAUACCCACUAGAAGGUACAAAAUAACCGCCACACAUGGCCGACUGUUGGGAGUUAAGUCUCCAACGUUCGUGCGUGUGGGGCGGCCAUAACGUAGAGUGUAGACUAAUCGAAGAUGAUCUAUUUUUACAUCAAGUAGUAGACUACAGACCGUCCAAUGUCUCUUCAUUCAUUGUCAUGAAUAAUUUAAUGUUUAAUUAAAUUGAUGUGUGAAGAGCCCGGCGCCCCGCGCGCGGCCUGCUGGUUGUCUCUCUGCUUCUGAUUCUACUGUGCUUGUACAAUCUACUACAAUGGAACUACUGUAUACAUCACAAUAUGUUUUAGCUUGUCAGCUCUAUGCGCUCUGCCCUUGUGUAUUUAUUUAGGAGACUAUUUAAUGCGUAUGCGUUUGGAAUUUCGAUCCGCAAUUUGUCGAUUGCGAGUCGAAAUUCCAAAUAUCUAAAUGUUAUAUAUAUCGAAACGUAAUUUUAGUUUUUUUCAAAACUAAUUAUAAAAAUAAACAAAAAUAUCUUAAUGUUAAACUUGAAAAGCCGUGGCUUUGUAAAAUUACGUUAGUUUUGUAUUGAGCGCUGGCGCUCCCCACUCAGAUUAUUCGAUUGGGUCUGAAUAAUAUUUUAUUUAGAUACUUAAAAAUGGAAUAAAUGAAGAAAAUAUUAUCCAUUCACUCUUUUUUUAUGAAACGAAUAAUGUAUGUAUUCUUUAGUGAAUAUUUUUUAUUUUUUUAGCCUUUAUUAAGGCUUUGGUCUGAGUGGUGAGCGCGGGGGCGUGUUAGCUAUAGAGGCUUAGUGCUAAGCGACCGUUCUUCUACCUACUUAUGUUACCAGUGAUCAUGCCAUAGAUGUUGUUACUUCACUGAAUAAAACAUUAUCGAUA